AUGGAAGGGAGGAGAAGGAAGGCAAAGUUUUCAGUUUACGAAAUUGACGUUCUUGUUGAUGAAGUAUAUCGGAACCGGACGAUUCUCUUCAACAAACCGUAUACGCAAGCUUCCAAUGAAAGAAAAUUAAAUGUCUGGAAGUCUAUAACAAAGCGUGUUAACGAAGUUUGCACCGUCCGACCUAGAACACUGGAAGAAGUACGGAGGAAAUGGUACUACUAUUGGUACGCGAUGAAAAAGGAAGCUGUGAAACGGAAAGACAAGAUGCAAGCGGGCAGCGGCUUACCGGAGGACCUCUCGACCCCGACAGAUACGAAAAUGUUCGAAAUGCUGGAUGAAUACGACGACAAUAGCAAGAUCAUGAUGGGUGAGGAUGAAGCAGAAUAUUUCGUAGAAAACCAAACGUCGCCAUCUCGUGACGUAAACGCUGAGGAUGAGAAACUGAAGCGCUUCAAGUCUUCCGAUUCCCUGUCGAUAAACCACGACCACGAAGAGUUCUCCUCGGAUGACGAAUUAUCUCCAUCCGUUUCAAGGCCACAUCAUGAAGUCCCGUCACAAACACCAGUACCAAAAGGAUGUUUUGUUAAGUCCGAACCAGACGUUCGUGUCAUUACGGUCGACGCUGAGCAGAAAUCUGAGAUAUCGCCUAUGGUUCACGAAGUUGCCGAACAAAUGAAGCCGACUUCAGAACCUCAGCUGCGAGUCCUGACUUUCAGCACUCCUCUAAACAAGGUACAAGGCAAGAGAAACAAACGAAAACGAGGGGAUCUUGCUUAUCAAGACAAAGAAUUCCUCAGACUGGAAAAGCGACGUCUCGAACUGCAGGAACAACAACUAGGAAUUUUGAAAGGUAUACAAAAGCAAAUGGAAAUGGACUCCGAAAGAAACUAUGCUUUUCAGCAGGAGUUUCUUGAGAUUUUGCGGAAAGGAAUUAAGACAGCACAAGUUUCCGCAGAAAAAUGACAAAUACGCACAACCCCCCCCCCCCCUCUCUCUCUCUCUCUCUCUCUCUCUCUCUCUCCAUUCAAUAAUGGUUAAAACAAAUAAAUGUGCUACACAUCAAAGCUCAUAUAGUAAAAAAUUAGUUAACGAUUAGGAUAGUGGACAGAAAAGGGGGAUGAAGAAGAGAAGGGAAAGGAAGGGGGGGAAAGCAAAAUUUGUUGAAGCGAGGGCGGUGGUCCAAGGCAGUCGUGAUCCCGACAUGGGCCCCAGUCUCCGUCUCCUGAACCCCCCACGACAACGAGCAAGUUUUCUUUUUAUUAUUAUAUAAAACAUUUUGGAUCCUUGUACGUUAUUAUGUAGCAAGAUGGUAGACAUGAAAAACGAGGCCUUAUUUACUAUUGCACCAUAUAUGUCAUUAUGUCAAUUAAAGUCCUAUAUAGAAAAUAACGAAAAUAUGUAAUCAUUAUCCUUCAU